AUUAAUGGAGUUUUGUUGUGUUUAUUAAUAAAAUAUUUUAUAUAUGUAGUUUACUGUCUGUUCUUUGUACUCAGACAUUUGCAAUGCAACACUGUAGUAUUUAAAAACCUACCAAGCACAAAUUCAAAUAUUUUAAACGCUCUAAACGUCAAAACUGAAAAAAAAGCGGAAGAGAAAAAGUAUAUUCGUAAAAAGCGGCAUUUAGAUAUAUAAUGUGAAUACAGUAAUCAUGGUUUAUGAAGCUAAAUUGAUACGCCUGGAUAAAAGUGGCGAAAAAGUUGAAGAAUAUAUUAUAAAUAAAAAAGAAUUUACAUUUGGUAAAUUUCCGUUUUGCGAUGUUUCUAUAGACGAUCCAAGAGUAGAGCGCGUCCAUUGUAAAUUAGUAAUAGACGCAUGGGAUCGGGUUAAUAUAAUUAAUUGUUCAAAUGAGCAUCCUAUAAAAAUCAACAAUGUAUCAAUUGAAGUGAAGAGACCUCUCCUACAUAAACAUGUUUUAGAUGUACUUGAAAACAAAUUUAUUUUUGAAUGUAAGCGCAGUGAUAGUGAAAACAAUUUUACAACACCUCAAAAGUCUGCUAAUGCUGAUAGGGCACCAAAUUCGUGUCCUGAUUUAAGGUUUUCUCAUCAUUACCCACGACGGUUUACUGUUCACAGUUUUUUUUAUUCCACGUAUACUGGUGAUGAUAUCGAGAAAAAGGAUACUAAUAAUGAAAAUAUAUCUCAAAUUAAUUCCUUAACCGAGGUGAACGAAAUAGAAAAGGACAAAAAAUGUAAUGUUGAUGAUAUAACUGAUAGCACAUGUAAUUUGUCUGGUUUAAAUUUACAUAAUGAUAUCGCAAAAAUAAUGGUUAUUGAUUCUACACCAGACAAAAAAUGUGAAAUAUUAAAACAAAAUAUUUGUUUAAAUUACUCAGACAUGAAGAUCACAUCAUUCUCUCCACGCAUUGCUGGAGUACAAAUAGAGAAAUCCUUUGUAGAUUUCAUAUCAUGCACUCCAAAAAGUACGUACAGCACACCUAAAGGCGUUAUGCCAAAGAUGUACAAAGCUAAUCAAAGUUUGAAAUAUGUGACUCCGAAUACUUCUAAAAAAAGGUAUUUACAAGAAGCACCAAAUUCACCUAUGUAUUUAGUAGAUUUCACAACUCCUAUUAAAUUCGCACCAAAAUCUCCGAUUCCUAAUUUAUUGAUUAAAUCUUGUAAUAAAAAAGAAACAUCUAAAUUAGAAAUGCCUAGCUGUAGUAAGCCAUCUAGUACGCCAAUAUAUCGAAAGAGUGUAUCAUUAGAUACUCCAAUAAGUGUGGAAUCUAGUGCUUCGUCAAUUAUAGAGAUAGAUGAUGAUUCUGAUGCUAUUAUAAAUAGUGCUAGUAAAACUCCAACCAAACGUUUUACUGCUAAACUAACAACACCCAAACGCUCUUCGCCAUCAUUAAUGAAGCGUAUAUUAUUAAAAAGCACACAAAAAUCUAAAGCAGGUUCUAUUUUGUCAAGAACUCCUACUACCCCAAAAUUACAUAAAUCGAUUACACCUCGUCGCCUUGCACAAAAUAGCCGACAAUAUGAAGUUAUGAGAGAUAAUUCACUUUCUUUAAUGUCUGAAGAACAAUUACAGAAAACAACACCUCAUAUUUUACAGAAAUUAAGUGGAACUAAAGAAUCUGACUUUGAUUUAAAGAAUAAAAAUAAUUUAACAAUUGAUUGUAAUAAUGGUAGCUCUAAAACUGAUUCGAUUGAUUCGAAUAUAGUAUCAGAGAAUUUUGGUGAAACUGUUGAAACUUCUGUUAAGAAUUUAAAUGAAACUUUCGACUUAAGUGCAAAAGACAACAUAAUGACAGAAAAAAAAAUUGAAAACGAUGUAGAAAACGAUAUAUGUUUGACGAAAGAAAACAAACACUCAAAUAGUAAAAUGGAAUUUCUGUUUGACGAAGAAUGCUUUAACGAAACUCAAAAAUUACAGACUAGUAAAGAUAACAUAGUUAGUAAAGAUAAUAUAGAUUGUAAGGAAGUAAACACCAGUGAAAAUAAUCGAAAUGAUCCAUUAAAUAAACGGCGCAUUGAAAGAAGAGUAUCUAUGCCUACAGAACUUGCAUCAAAGUGUACAAUUCAGUUUAGAAGAACUUCAUUGAAAUCAGAAAGUUUAAAUAAAACUCCCAUACGUAUAAGGUCGUUUAAAGCCUUGGAUACUGAAUUAAAAGAUCAAUACGUAGAAGAGAGUAUGGGCGCAAUUGUUGAAGAUUCAUAUACUGAAGAAACAAUUAUUAAAGAUAGUGCAAGUUCAGUUACAGUAAAAAAUGCAAGCAUUGGUAUGAAAAGUGAAAUCUCUAAUAUAGAAGAACUCAAAUCUAUGUUUGAUAAUAGACAAAAUGAACGCAUUUAUGAAGUUUUGGAUGAUUCUGAAUAUAACUAUGGUAAAGAAGUAUUAAAAUGUGAAGAUGAUGUAAGUGAAACGGAAUUUGAAGGUGUACAAGAAUUACUCGCUACGCCAAGAAUAAGCAGUACACCAAUUCCAAAGAAUAAUAAAACUGAUGAAACAUCCCAAGUUCUUUUAAAUUCUCCAACUGUAGAUGUUUUUAAAACACCACGAGGUAAAAAUUUGAUGAUGACCGUCACUCCUUCCAGUGAAAUGAUUAAGCAAAGCUUUGCUUCAAAAGAAUUUUUAAAUUGUACUGAAUAUAAUCUUAAUGAUAGCAAUGACAAAUUAGAAAAACUAUUCGAAAGUCCAGUGGCAUUAAAAUUUAAUAAUCAAGAUCUUACGGAAAAAUCGCAAAAUAUGUCGACAAAUCAGCAGGUUUCAGAAUACAGUACACCAGUUAGUAAUUCUAAGCUAGAUAAAAUCGAAGAAUCACCAUUUUCUUCUACAGACAUUAUCACUGAUUUGCCUGAAAUUGAAGUCCAAAAUUGGAUUAAAAAAAUUGAAGUUUCAAAUUUGGAUGAGGAACUUAUCGAUGAUGCGUCUAGACUUCACAAAAGAAAUGUAAGCCUAAAAUCAUCUAUUGAGCAUAGUUUAUCAAUUGAUCCACUGCAUUUAUCUGUAAAUAAAAGUGGUAACACGAUGAAAACUACUGAAAUUAGUGAUCCUUUAAGUCUGUCAGUGGCAGAAGAACAAAAUUUAGAUUUGCUGACUUUAGAUGAAAGAUCAAUGACACCUAUAGAAUCAGAAAUGAGUGGUAUUCAUCUUUUAGAUGAAAGUGAAGAUUCUUUUUCAUUAAAGGUUAGCGAUACAGAAUCUGAAUUGCCAAUAUCACAAAAUUCGAAAAUGAAUAAAAUAGAGGAAUUAAAAUCGAAUGAAACAUUUGAAGCUUUGGUUUUAAGCGAUACAGACAGCGACUUAGCUGAUAUAGAUAAUGAAGACGAAUACCUUAAUUUGAAAAAGUCAAAUUUUACCACCUCUGCAGUAAAAAAAGUUCUAACCAAAAAAACAGAUACUGAAAAACAUCUUGAAUCACCAAAAACAUCCGGUUUUGCAGUUGACAUUAAGAGUAGUGAACAAUCAAAAAUUUCCUAUGAGUACAAUGAUAUGAGUUUGAUGGCAAAUGAAGAUUUAGAAAAUAAAACGAAAAAAAUCAAUGCAUCAAUAGAUAUAAAAACCAUUAAGGUGCCGCUUAAUAUGGAGGACGAUAUGAAAUCUUCUCUGCAAUUAGGAGUUAAUAGUGAUAACACAUCUUUUACGUCCCUCUUGGACGCAGAAAUUAUAGUUGAAUCCAACAUUCAAAGUGAAGAUUAUACAUUAGAUGCGUCGAAAUCUAAAGACGCAAUGUCUUCACAAUACCUAGAUAAUAGAAGUCAAGUAGAUUCGACAGUCCAGUCUAGUAAUGGAAGUGAAGACGCUAUUACAUUAAGUCUUUCAGAGGUCAAAGAUAGAUUCAAUAAUAGUCAAGUUUCUCCUAAAGUUGUAUUGGAAAAGACAGUUGAAUCAAACAUUGCUGCUGAAAAUGUUAAAUUGGAUGUUUCUAUUUGCAGUGAUAAAUUUAUUCCACAAUCUGAAGAAAAUAUGUCGCUAAAAUCCGUGUUGGAAAAAACAGUUGACUCCAACAUUGCAAAUAAAGAAUUAUUCAAAGAAUUUGAUUUAACUGAGUCAUAUGACAAGUCUACACUAAAAUACCAAGAUAAUAGACAUCAAAAGUCUUCUAAGUUUGUGAUAGAAUCCAAUAUUGAAACUGACAAUGAAAUUAUUUUAAAUGAAUGUGAUAAUAAUAAAUCUAUUCUAAAAUCACAAGAUAACACUAUUGAAAAGCCAACUGAAUUUGUGGCGGAAAACAUAGUCAAAUCAAAUAUGAGAAUCGAAAAUGCUGGUGUAACAGAUAUAUCUAAGUCUGAUAAAUCUACUUUACAAUCCCAAGGAAAUAAUGACACUACGUCUACUAAAUUUGUAAUGGAAAAGUCAAUUGAAUCCGUUAUUGAAAGUAAAGAGGCAAAUAUAUCAGAAUUAUCUGAUUCUGAUGAUAAAUUUAUUUCACAAUCAGAAGUCAAUGAUAAAAUCUCUUCUAAACUUGUCCUGGAGAAUAUAGUUGAAUCAGAUAUCGAAACAAGAGAUAUCAUUGGGGUAGAUGUAUCUUUUCUACAAUCUCAAGAUAUUGAUAAUGAAAGUUCUUCUAAAUGUUUUUUGCAAAAAACGGCUGAAUCUAAUAUUAAAAUAAACGAUGUUACUUCAACAGAUCCAGAAUCCCUACGAAGAGGAAAUGAAAUGGCUUCAAAAUAUGUCUUGGAAAAAACAAUGGACUUCAAUAUUGAAAGAAAAGAUGCAAAUGCAUCAAAUGUAUCUAAGUCUAAUGAGGAAAAUGACAUACAAUCUAAAGAUAAUAGUUAUGAAACGUGUUCUAAAAUUACAUUGGAUAUUAAAACUGAAUCUAUUAUUAAAGAAAAUGAUGGAACGUCGGAU